AUGAUCAGCAGCAUCAUUCAGGUAGAGGCCCGGUUCAAUAGCAGACUCAUUCAUCACUAUGAUUGGGUCUUCUUCAACAACGAGCCUUUCACCGAGCACUUCAAGGCCAGUAUUCUCAAUGUAACCAGCGGCGAUUGCUUCUUCGAGACGAUCCCGGACAAGCACUGGUCCAUACCUGAAUGGAUUGACAAGUCACGCUUUGGCGUCGGUCGCGAGUUCAUGGGAAGUAUUGGUGUUGGAAAGUCGUGGCUUGAGAGCUACCACCACAUUCCUUUUUUCACAUGCAACGUCAACUACGAUGUGUUUCGUUUCAUGAGAGAUAACAAGAAGGACUAUGGCUUCAACAUGGCAAUCCUCGACGAUGCGCGAUCAUUCCCCUCGCUCUGGGACCGGACACAGAAUUUCCUCAAGAAACACCCAGAGAUGAAGGACCAAGCUGCUGAUAUGGAGUGGCUGCUCCACACCCAAGAAGAGCUCGGAACCAAUGAAUACAAUAACUGCCAGUUCUACUCAAACUUUGAGAUUGGCUCACUCAACUUCUUCAGAGGCCCGAAGCAUCAGGCCUUCUUCAACCAUCUCGACCAGGCUGGUGGCUUUUACUAUGAGCGAUAUGGCGAUGCUCCAGUCCACACCCUGAGCCAGGGCAUCCCAGGCCUUCAGUGUGGCUGCACUGUCACGACGCUUGACGAGAAUUUCACCAAGCUCGUGCCUUUUGAGUCAAAGCAGCGAAAGCCUAUUGCCUCGUGCAUCCGACGAUGGUUGGGGCGCCUCUAUCUCCUUCCAAACGUCACGAAGCGACCUCUUGCCGAAGUGAUCAAAGCUGGUGGCGAUGGCUAUGGUGGUUGGCGCAUCGAAGGCCUCGAGAGCAACCCUUUCCAUGAGAAGGAGGAUAUAGAGCAUGCCGAGGAUGGAAAAGAAAAGAAGGGACCGGAGACGAAAUAA